UUUGGCGGCAAAACUUUGUUUAGGACGUGCGACUCCCUCAGCACCACUCCGCCUCCGCCGCACCCAAGCGCUGUGUGAACAGAACCGAACACGUUCUGGUUUCCUGUUGAUCCGCCGCUGCGCUGACUGCAGCGCCAACGCAGCAUCAGAACGGCACCACGCUCCUGUCGCAGGGAGGAGAACAGCAUCAGAACCGGGACGGGCCGGUUCUGACCCGGAGGUCAGUUCCUAGGCCAUUCAGUUGAAAGGUACUAAACUCCACCUUCAGAAGCGGCUCGCUGUGACCCGGCCUGGUUCUGACCGGUUCCAGGUUCUGGCCUGGUUCUGGCUUUAAGGUAGGCUGACUUCCUGCAGCUGUUUCUGACCCAAUCGUGGAACCGGCAGGAAGUCGGAGACUGCUUUACUUUUUAUUUCAGCGCCUUCUGAUCGGUUCUGCUUCUGAGCGGUUCUGGUUCUGAGCAGUUCUGGUUCUGAGCGGUUCUGGUUCUGAGCGGUUCUGGUUCUGAGCGGUUCUGGUUCUGAGCGGUUCUGGUUCUGAGCGGUUCUGGGUCUGAGCGGUUCUGGUUCUGAGCGGUUCUGGGUCUGAGCGGUUCUGGUUCUGAGCGGUUCUGGUUCUGAGCGGUUCUGGUUCUGAGCGGUUCUGGUUCUGAGCGGUUCUGGUUCUGAGCAGUUCUGGGUCUGAGCGGUUCUGGUUCUGAGCGGUUCUGGGUCUGAGCGGUUCUGGUUCUGAGCGGUUCUGGUUCUGAGCGGUUCUGGUUCUGAGCGGUUCUGGGUCUGAGCGGUUCUGGUUCUGAGCGGUUCUGGUUCUGUUUCCAGGAUCAUCCUGGGAAAUGACUAAAAUGAUCAAUGAGUGAAAACAGAAUCAUGAGAAUCGGAUCCGUUUCGAUAUUCAUUUACGAUGACUCCGGUGGUUUGGACCCAAAGUGAUAUAUGUGGUUCUGGUCCGGUCCAUUACGGACGACACCACAGUCCAUGAUAUGCAGAGAAAGUUGAGUGGAAGGAAAAAGUGUGAGAAACAUCUGCAGCAGGAAAACCGGAGCGGAUUGUGGGAGACGAUGGGAACCUCCGACCCGGUCCGGCCCGGCCCGGCCCGGCCCGGCGCUGGAAGCCGGUUCUGUGUUUCUGCUCAGGAUGUUGUGCUGCAGCUCAGCGAACGGUUUGAUCUCGGUUUCCUGCCUCGCUUCCUUCCUGACCCGGUUCUGUCAGUCUGUAGCUUUCUGGGUUCAACAUGGCUGCCGCUCCAAACAGUAACGUCGGUUCUGACUGUCUGCUGACUUUGGACUCACUGGUUCUGAAACACAAAAUGACCAGAACCGUACGGUUGCCAUGACGGCCACAUGCGGUUCUGAUCCAGUUAAUGAUGCGGUUCUGCUGUGACUCAGAGGACUGAAAGCGGAAAGUUGCUGGUUCUGUUGCUGGAACUGGACCAUCCUUGCUCCAUUGUUCUGAUGGAGAGUCAGCUGGUUCUGGACCGGUCCAGAGUCCAGGUUUGGUUGAACCGGAUCAGAACUUCCAGUUUGUGACUUUUAAUUCUGAAGCUUUGCAGAUUUGAAAUUUAACUUUAAACUGGAUUCUUGCUGCAGCUGAACUGGACUUUUUCCAGUUUACUCUUGCUCUAAGUCGGUUCUGGAUUUGGACCUAAAUUGGUUCUAAUUCAGUUUGUUUGUGGAUUUUUCUUCUUCUUGGUGUCUGAAGUUUUGCGUUUGGCUGAACUGGUUUUCCUCGCCGUGUUACUGGUUCCUCUGCUAGUUGGAAGUUGACGUUUUGGGACCAGUUGGGUUUCGGGUCGCUGCUCUGGUUUCGAUGAAAGCUUUGGAUCUUGGUUCUGAGUUCAUUUAAAGUUGGUUCUGUUGGGUUUGUGUGGAGCGGCUCUGGGCCGGCUUGUCUGGUUAGAAAGUCUGCUCUGGUUCUGGUUCUGCUGGGAUCAUUUGUUCUGGACCUGCUUCAUGCUGAUGUCUGAAAGCCAUUUGAGAUUCAGGAGAAGGAAACUUCUCUACUUCCUGCUGCUGAUCGGAUCAGAACCAUCCGGAGCGACGGCCUGGAGAAUCCGCCUCAAACCAAACCUGGAAUAUUCUGGAAUCUUUCCUGGGUGUGAACGGAUUGGCAGCCAUGUUUCCAGACCCGGCUGGUUUGUGACCAGAACUGAACUGGGUUCAGCCUGAGGUGUUUCAAGCUGCUGAGAUGUUUCCAGUUGGUUUGGAGCGGUUGGUUUGGAGCGGUUCUGCAUGUUUCAGGAACCGUUUAAAGGACAUCGGACCUGGAGGAACAGAAACACCUGCUGUUCGUUCAGACAGGAAAGGUCCCAACCCGGUUCGGUUCCGCUCCACUUCUCACCCACUGAACAGGUUUUUAACUUACUGAGUGAUUCACACCUGGAUUGGAUUUCCAUAAAAUAAAUAGAAACCGAUGGAAGACGGGGAGCAGAACCCUUUGGACGGGUCUGGUUGGGACAGAACCCUUUGGUCCGGAGGAAACGGCUGCACAGGGUGUUGUCCAAUCAGAGCGUCUCAUAGCAGCCAAUCAGAGGAACAUUUAGUUUCUGAUGGGAACUGGACAGAAACUAAAACCAAAUCAUGUUCAGGGUUCAUUUUGACCUGAUCUGGGUUCUGCCUCUCUGGUUCAGGUUCUGGUUCUGGUCUACCUGUUCAGCCCGUCUCCUGGUUGCGUUUCGUUCUCAGAUGAACGAUGGAUGUCUCCUGGCUGUCUCUGCUCAUGAUGGCCGCCGCCUUCGCCGCCUCCGUCCUGCUGGCCGCCGUCUGCUUGGACUGCGGCAACAGAAGUCCUCUGGCCUCCAUCAGUCAGACGGCGGCGUCAGAAGAAUACGUCGCUUCUGGAUUCGUCGUCGUCCAUCCAUAUGCUGGUCAGGCCCGGUUGGACCAGAACUUGGUCCAUUCUCCCUCCACCCUGAAGCCUCACUCGAUUCCUGCUGGUCGCGGUUCUGACCAGACACGGCCCUACACACCGACAGAAACCGAGAGCAACCCGAGUUACGAGAACCGGGCCCCGGAAAUGGAUUUUCCCGACAGCGACACUGAAGGCAACGGAUACAUAGAGGUCCUUCCUGAAACCGAGCCAAGCCGAGCCUCCACUCCCAGUUUAGAUGGCGCUGACUAUGUCAACCUUGAAGAUGAAAAUAAAAGACAGGAACAAGAACCAGAGCCAGAUCAGGACUCGGACUCGGACUCGGAAUCCGAUCACAACUACGAGAACGUGAAGUCAGAAUCUCCUGUAGCCUCAACGCCGGACGAAGACGAGAACUACGUCAACGUAUGAUCCGGUUAGCCCAGCAGGAGGACCGGUUCUGACAGCUCUUCAUCCUCAUCUUCAUCAGACCCAGGACCCUCCAGCCUCCGUUUACACUGCUGUUUCACCUCUUGGCUUGAUUUCUGUAAAAUUUGACUAGACCUCUUGACUGACUUGUGUGGCUAAUUUAAGGCUAAAUAAUCUGACAGACAGGGAGCUAAAGAUGAGGGUGAUGGACUGAGGGCCUUCCAGCCUCUGGGACGGUUCGACUGAUGUGAAGCUAAUAAGUGUCUCUACUAAUGAGAAGGGUAGAAAUACUUUUUAAUACAUUUUAUUCAAAUAAAAGUAGAAAGGGAUUUUUUUUGUUUUGCAAGUUUUCUAUUUCCCAACCAUCAAACAAACUUCUUGGUUUGAAUCUGCCAAGAAUAUGAACAGCGAGCGCAAAAAAUGCCUGACAAGGAGGUGAAAACAUGAACGUCUCUAGUUUGUCAGAAUAUUGAAGCUCCUGAACCGAAACACAAUUUUGAUCCAAGAUUUUCUGGAUGAUCCAGCGGCUUCAGAAACAAAGCGGCUCAAUCAGCCAAUCUACUGGAAAAAAAGAUUUUUAGUGACAUUUUCACCAUGUCACUCAUUCAGAGGCGUUUAUGAUUGAUUGAUGCUAAAUGUUAUUGCUGUUAACUGUUGAUUAUGAAACGUUUCAAAUGCUACAAGAAGGGAAACGCCUGACUUACUUGGAUAAGAAAAUACGAAGGUCAGAGGUCAACCAGCCAUUCUGGAUGAAAUGGAGACAGUUUGGGAACACAUGUUGAAUAUCUGGGAUUAAAUUCAGAUCCUAAUCUGUUAGAAAGCAGACUCUUUCACUUGGAUUGGGAUGUCUCUGUGCAUCUGAUCAAUAACCUGAUUUUUAUUGAUCACCACUGAUCAAAAGUUAAUGUUCACCUCCUAAGAAUUUCCUUGAACGUCACUUAAGUCCAGAAGAGGACUCUCUUAAACAGUUAACCCAAAAUCCAGAUUAAUCCAGAUUAGCGCCAGGGUGAGGAGAAUUCCUGUUGUUAAAUAUUCAGUUUAUUAAUUCAUUGCAACUUUCCAAAUGACUGCGGUAUUUUUGCUGCCGUUUCAUUUCACUGACGACUCCUGAGAAUGUUUUUAUUUAAAUGUUUCCUGUCAUCUGAUCUAGAAAUGUUUUUAUCUGAAUUAAAUUGAACAUUUUAGAAAAA